AUGGAGACACCAGAAGUGCCUCAAGAUGCUCUUCGACUCAAUAUUCUUGCCGCACAAAAUGCGAACGUCUCGAGAACAGUCUACGCUCAUGCAUCCGAGCGAUCGACUACAAAGCGCCAGAAGCUAGACGACGCGUCCGAGGACCCCAUCAUCAAGAGACGGUUCCACAAUGAAUACUCAGAUGUCGAGACUUUACCGCCAUCAAUUACUGCGAAGCUCCCAACGAAACAGCCUGGGAAGAAAACGUCUAAGGCUGGUGUGCCUGCUCGCCCAGCAAUGAAACUCCUCGAGGGUGCGCCUAGUUCGGGCAAGGCAUCUGCUCCUGCUGCCAGGGACGAAAGCACACCACAGAACAUGAGUCUUACGUCAAGAGGAGUGCAAGGCCUUCAGCAGCAGAAACCAGAAUGGCACGCGCCAUGGAAGUUAAUGAGGGUUAUCUCUGGUCAUCUCGGUUGGGUGCGUAGUCUGGCCGUUGAACCUGGCAACAAAUGGUUUGCAAGCGGCGCAGGUGAUCGAACUAUCAAGAUUUGGGACUUGGCCACGGGCUCGCUGAGGCUGACCCUUACUGGACAUAUCAGUACUGUGCGCGGCCUCGCAGUGUCCCCUCGUCAUCCUUACCUCUUCUCUUGUGGCGAAGACAAGAUGGUCAAGUGCUGGGAUCUCGAGACUAACAAAGUCAUUCGCCACUACCACGGACACCUCAGCGGUGUCUAUACUCUUGCCCUACAUCCAACCCUCGAUGUUCUGGUCACUGGCGGUCGCGAUGGUGUUGCGCGUGUCUGGGAUAUGCGGACCAGGAGUAACAUACACGUUCUGUCUGGCCACACCCAGACGGUUUCUGAUCUUGUUUGUCAAGAGGCUGACCCUCAAGUUAUCACCGGAUCUUUGGAUUCGACAGUCCGACUCUGGGAUCUCGCAGCUGGCAAGACCAUGGGUGUGCUAACUCAUCACAAGAAAGGUGUUCGUGCUCUAGCAACACAUCCAUCAGAGUUCACAUUUGCUAGUGGCAGCACAGGGAGCGUCAAGCAAUGGAAGUGCCCUGAAGGUGCUUUUAUGCAGAACUUCGAGGGCCAUAAUGCUAUUAUUAACACCAUGAGUGUAAACGAGCAAAAUGUCUUCUUUACAGGAGGCGAUAAUGGCUCCAUGAGCUUUUGGGAUUGGAAGACUGGCCAUCGAUUUCAAUCUCUUGAUACCACAGCUCAACCCGGUUCUCUUGAUGCCGAGGCAGGUAUCAUGAGCUCAACGUUCGAUCGCUCUGGCCUACGUCUGAUCUGUGGUGAAGCUGAUAAAACAAUCAAAAUCUGGAAGCAAGACGAAACAGCAACAGAAGAAUCACACCCCCUCGAAUGGAAGCCCACACUGGCCCGACGAAAGUUUUAA